GCUUCGCCGCGCGACACCCGACACCCGACACUCGCGGUAAACAACGAGUUUUCCGCUCGAAAGCACGUGUCUAAUGACUGUUACUUGUUAAAUCUAAUCAUUUAAAUUAACAUAAUAAUUAUUAAAGUGCUGUGAUCUAUUAAGAAAAUCAAUUUCGUAAAAACUUGAAUCUGUUAAGUGAAUAGUUGUUGUAGUUCAAGUUUAAUCAAGAGUGUAGUGCAGUGGUGGUGGAUUGAAGUAUUGUUCGGGGUGAACCGAUGGUUGGCGGUGCCCGGAGCUGCUAAAUCGAUCCCGCCUCACCGGCGCGCCUCUCGUUCGUUGAGGGUGGCGUGCGCCGGGUGCGCGGUGCGGGGGGAUGCCCGCGCGCAAGGGGCUGCUCGCGCCCCAGAAUACCUUCCUCGAUACCAUCGCAACACGAUUCGAUGGCACACAUAGCAACUUCGUUCUGGGCAAUGCUCAAGUGCCUGCGUACCCAAUCGUGUAUUGUUCGGAUGGCUUCUGUGAGCUAACUGGGUGGGCCCGAGCACACAUUAUGCAAAAAGGCUGCGCGUGCAAGUUUCUACAUGGACCAGACACUAGAGAGGAGCAUCGCCAUGAAAUCGAUAUCGCUCUCGAAUCCAAACACGAACUCAAACUCGAACUUAUAUUUUACAAAAAAAUUGGUACUCCCUUUUGGUGUCUUCUCGACAUCGUCCCCAUUAAGAAUGAGAAACGAGAAGUGGUUUUGUUUCUCGCUUCAUUCAAAGACAUCACCAACACCAAGAUGGCCGCCAUGAACUCUAAUGAGGAUUUUGAUAGCGGAGCCGCGGUGCGGCCUUCGGCUGGCGUGGUCACUCUAGCGUUAUCCCCAUUUGUACCCGCAGCGGCACUCUUGGGCGCCCGGUUCCGCGCUGAAUCUAGUUGCCUACUUCCAGACCCGAAUGGCAAUCUUGACCCUGAAGCGCCCUCGCCCGCCAACAUGGGCAGAAGGCGUUCGAGGGCAGUACUUUACCAGCUUUCAGGACAUUACAAGCCAGAUAAAAUGAAGACAAAACUUAAACUCAACAAUGUUAGUAAGAAUCUAUUACACUCUUCGGACCCACCGUUACCUGAAUACAAAACGUCGGCCAUAAAGAGGUCACGAUUAAUAAUAUCACAUUAUGGAGUUUUCAAAACAUUUUGGGACUGGCUCAUUCUCAUAGCCACAUUUUACGUGGCGGUCGUUGUUCCUUAUAACGCCAGUUUUGUAGACGAAGGUCACCCCAGAAUUAGUGUAACAAUGGAUGUCCUGGUUGAAGCUUUAUUCAUUACUGAUAUAUUACUUAAUUUUCGUACAACAUUUGUAAGUAAGAAGGGCGAAGUGGUAUCAGAUUCGAAGGCGAUAGCUCUUAAUUACAUCCGAUCCUGGUUCGUGGUGGAUCUCCUGGCCGCGCUCCCAUUUGACCUACUUUACGCGUCGGACGUGUACAGCGGGGCGGAAUCAACACACGGCAACGUUCAUUUAGUGAAAUUGACGAGGUUAUUGCGACUUGCACGAUUGUUACAAAAAAUGGAUCGUUAUUCGCAAUAUUCUGCGUUAAUAUUGACACUGUUGAUGCUUUCAUUUACACUGGUAGCGCACUGGUUAGCCUGCAUCUGGUUCAUAAUAGCUGAGAAAGAAAUUGAACAUCACAAGCACGAAAUUUGGGAUUUAGGGUGGAUCAACAACUUGGCGGAACGUCUGAAAAUGCCAAUUCCCAAUAUAUCCCAUAGUGAGACGUACGUCACUGCGCUCUAUUUCACAUGUUCUUCGCUGACGAGCGUGGGCUUUGGUAACGUUUCCGCCAACACAUUACCAGAGAAGGUCUUUAGCAUAAUAACUAUGCUAAUUGGAGCACUGAUGCACGCCGUCGUAUUCGGUAAUGUAACAGCCAUUAUUCAGAGGAUGUACUCGCGCCGUUCCAUGUACCAAACAAAGUGGCGUGAUCUGAAAGACUUUCUGUCCCUAAACCAAGUGCCAAAGGAACUAAAACAGCGGAUGCAAGAUUACUUUCAAACCAUGUGGUCUCUUAAUCACGGAAUAGACAUCCAUGAAACAUUGAAGGAGUUUCCCGAGGAGCUUAGAGGCGACGUAUCUUUACAUCUUCAUCGGGAGAUAUUAUCACUUCCGAUAUUCGAGUCUGCGUCCCAGGGAUGUCUGAAGUUGCUGUCAUUGCAUAUCCGAAACAACUUUUGCGCCCCAGGAGAAUAUCUCGUUCAUAAGGGAGAUGCCCUUACAUAUAUUUACUACAUAUGCAACGGUUCUAUGGAAGUGAUGCAGAAUGACAUGGUGGUCGCAAUUCUAGGGAAAGGAGAUUUGGUGGGAUGUGAUAUGAAUACACAUUUGCAACCCUACAAUGGGACGGGGCAGCCCCAACCUAAUAAUCCUGAUGUGGUCGUUAAAUCGAGCAGCGAUGUGAAGGCUUUAACCUAUUGUGACUUGAAAUGUAUUCAUAUGGGUGGUUUGGGUGAAGUACUGCGUUUGUACCCUGAAUAUCAACAAGAGUUCAUUCACGAUAUACAACACGACCUCACUUACAACCUAAGAGAAGGUUAUGAAGCAGAACAGGAGUCUGACGGUAACGGUCAUCCUUCACUUACUCUGCCGUCAAUAUCAGAAGACGACGAGAACGCUGCCGAGGAUCAUGCUCUAUCACCAAAGAAACCAACAUCAACUGCAAACAGCCCUCGCCAUCCUAAAUUCAGAUCGGACGGCCAACAGCGCCUUUCUCAUCGGGAGUUACGGGAAAGAAUAGAGAGGCAGCGCUCAGUUGCUACGCCGAAGAUAACGAGGGCUGAUUCAUUGGAAGGCCUAAACCUAGAAGUGCACAACACGAGGUCAUCAGUGGAAAGAUUGGACACACAAGUCUCCAGUCUACACCAUGACGUCGCCGCACUCAGCAUGGAGGUUCGAAAUGCGAUCCAAGCUCUACAAGAAAUGACAGGGCCGGCAGGCUGGCACGCAGCACACUCCAACCCAAACUUACAAUGGAACGCGCCACCCAACCAACUCGCGCGCAGCUGUAGCCAUCCACCAGACGUCUUCUGUUGGGAUCAGCAAGAGAGACCGCUUACGCCUGAGAGACCGAAAACAAAUAGAAGUACACAAACGGAACCAUUUCUUCACUGUGUCACUCAGUAUAUCAUAGAACAUCCUGCUACAGUCAUGCUAUUACUGGGUUUAGACCCAAUGGCCAACCUUACGCCUGUCAUGACACAGACUCUAGAUUAUUAUGACCCCCGACCUCGUAGGCCAAGCGUACUCGAACAAAUAGCAGAAUCAGAAAAUGGGAGUCAAACUCCGUCCAGUUCAGCCAGCGAGAAAUUUGAAGCGACUAGAAGCCUUAGUGGGAGUGCCAAAGAUCUCGAUACGCAACCAGAGUUAAAAAGGUUAUUAGAACCAGAGAGGUCGUCAAAUUUAAAGAGAAGUAGACACUCUACGAGUGACCUACAAGACGCCUCAGAACGCCUCAUGGCGAUUAAAAUCUCUCAUCCUAGCACAAGGAGUCUAAAAUUUAAUAUUAACAGUUAAAUGAAUAUUCCAUUUUCAUAGUUAUUCUAUGUAAUAACAUUCUGCUCAUUAGUUGUUAAUAAUGAAAUAAACUAUUAGUUUUAAUAUACUUUUAAAAAAUUGUAUAAUUUAUUAUUAUCUACUUCUCAUUGUGAUUCGCUUGUUGUUUGCCUGAUUAGCUUACUUAAAAUUUUUAUACUUGUUACUUUUUUCUAUCAACGAAUAUAUCUAAUAUUGAAACCAAUUUUUAUCUUCGUAUUUAGUACAAGAUGUACAUAUCAAGUUUAAUAAAGGUUUUAUUGUUAGCUUAGUGGUAUUUAGAUAUUCUAGUCACUGGUUAAAGAUACAUUAAUGUUGAGAGUGAUUAGUAUUAAGUAUACAAUCCCCGAAACAGCACGCUGAAAUAUAGUCUAAUACAAAGGGGGACCCUGUAAACACAUCAGUUUUUUAUGUUACAUGGGUACCAGGUACCUAUGUAAAUAUAUAAAUAGCAAAUAUAGGAUAUAAACAUAAAUAACAAAAUAUUUUUUGUGAUGAAUGUAUAGAUUAAUAUUAUUAAGCCAUCGGUAGUAUCUUCUAUCGGUUUAUAAGUAGGACAAUACUAUAUACGAUUUAGGUAUGCCUAAAUAUAUGUAUAUAUAUGUUAACAUGUAUUUAUGUAUAACUCAAAAUGUCGUUUUAACUAAGCCAUAACAUUAUGGUAUGUAAACCAUUAUACUUCAAUGUGUCAAAUUUGAAUGUCUUCCUUUCUCUAUACAUACCUAAGUCAUAAAAUCGUCGAAUAUGAGAUCGGACUCUGGCCUCAUGUAAAUCCCUAUUAUAAGUAGGUACAAUAUAUAAUAUUAAUUACUUUAUCCAUACAACUAUUUUAUGCAAUGAUUAUUUAACAGUUUUAUUGCUUACUAUUUUCUUUUAUAUACAGUAAUAUAUUUCAUUAUUAUCUAAACAUUUAAUUUCUCAAUGGAAUUCAACAAAAAUCAAUACCUAGUGGGUAAACCCUAUCCAUGAAAAAACAGAGUUCGAUAGUAAUAAUAAUAUUAUUACUAACGAUACCAUACGAUACGAUCGAACGAUGAAUCGGCGAACCUAUCAAAAUACUAAGCGUAUAAAAAAUAUUGAAAAGCAAAGGAUAGCUACUUUUUUUAUCUGUGAAAAAAAUAAGACCGAGCAAGAUUUUGAAUUUUUGAAAUGGUGACAUAUCUUAUUCUUUUUAUUAAAUUAUUGUACCCAAUCAAUAAUUUCUAUUAAAUAUAUAAGUAACUUCGUUUAAAAAGUACGUAAAAGUAUCUAAGUAUGUUAUAAAACAUGUACCUGAGUCGUACUUUCUACUUGCCUUAAUACUACUAUUGCAGUCUAUCAAUUGUUAAAUACUAUAAUAUUUGUUGAAUUUAAUAAAAAUACGUAAUGAAAGUAAACAUUCUGCCCUUUCCUUUUAAAAUUUACGUCCUCCCGAUAUGAUUGUGAGAUAUCUUCCUCCAUGAUUCAUUAACGUAUUACAUAUACAUUAUUAUAUUUAGAUUGAGUGUUUAGAUUAUUCUAGAAUGGAUGAUGAAUAUGUUGAUAAUGUGCAAUUAUAGCUUUAAUGAUUA